UAAAUAGUAAAAAUGAAGAGUUCGAGCUUUGAAGAGAUGUUGGCUAACAAGGUAAAACAGUUUUCCAUUUUGGUACUACUCAUUGUCGCACCAGCAGUUACAAUGGGCACAGCUGAAUUCCAACCUCUAGCUCCCACCCAACUGGAUACUGUUCGGAUCCUUGGGCUGUUUCCACCACUAUUACCAAACAAUCCUGAAAUCGAGAAGUGUUGGUCAACUCUUGUUGAUAUCGAAGGUUGCAGCGCUGAGAUUUUGAAUUUCCUUUUUACAUUUCAGCUUCGACUAGGACCAGCUUGUUGCAAAGCUAUCAUUGGCCUCAGCGAAACUUGCUUGCCAGCCGUUUUCGCAUGGGGUUCGGGGUGGGGAAGAGGAAUAUCUUUCAACCCUGCUUACCCAAAUGUAGUCAAAGGCUAUUGUGCGUCCAUAACUGGAGGGAAAAUGUCGCUACCAGUUCAUAUGUCUCCACCGCCACUGGUUCAUCUAGAAUCACCCAGUCCUGCAUCAGUUGAACCACCAACCACCUCUGUCGCAUCAGCUGUUACAAUGGGCACAACUGAAUUCCAACCUCUAGCUCCCACCCAACUAGAUACCAUUCGGAUCCCUGGGUUGUUUCCACCACUACUACCAGGUCCAUACAGUCCUGAAAUCGAGAAGUGUUGGUCAACUCUUGUUGAUAUCGAAGGUUGCAAUGCUGAGAUCUUGAAUUUUCUGUUUACAUUUCAGCUCCGACUAGGUCCAGCAUGUUGCAAAGCUAUCAUUGACCUUAGUGAAACUUGCUUGCCGGCCGUUUUCUCAUCGGUUUCGGGGUGGGGAAUAGGAAUACCUUUCAACCCUGCUUACCCAAAUGUAAUCAAAAGCUAUUGUGCAUCCAUAACUGGAGUAAAACAGUCGCCACCAUCCCCUUUUGCAGUUCAUAUGUCUCCACCGCCGCCACCAUCGCCACAGGCUCAUCGAGGAGCACCCAAAGCUGCGCCAGUUGAACCAAGUCCUUAACUGAAACUUUAUUUAGUCG